CGAAAACAAAACGGAAAUACCGGGAGGCCUACUGUGGGACUGUGGUGGGGACCUUCAGCCGUUGUUAUUCCACUUUAUUGUUGGUUCGCAGGCAUCAUAGCUCCCAAGUGAAAGCAGCACUAUGAGCCGUGCCAGUGACCUUUUGUCGGCGGGCGUCGGUCGCCUUAUUGAAGAUCUGGCAGCUCUGAUUGAAAAUGAAGAUUUGGCUGACAUAGUUUUCCUGAUUGGGCCGCAAGAGGAACGUGUGUUUGCACACUCCCUCAUGCUCAAGGCCAGGUGCCGCAGCUUCCAGCGCGUGGAGCGGAAGGAGGUGUGCAAGAUAGCCGGUGGCACGGUGACGCCUGGCUCGCAGGGGUCCCUGACCGUCGUCAAGUUGCCCGCCUACCGGCCGGACGUCUUCAAGCAGCUCAUCACCUACAUCUACACGGGCAGGGUGUCCGUGACGGAUGACACCGCGCUGGAGCUGCUGGCCGUGUCACGUGCCCUCGGCAUGGAGCCGCUGCAGCUCCACUGCGAAGAUCACGUGACCUCGAAGAUGUCCGUCAGCAACGCGUGCGCGUUCCUGGCGGCCGCCGUGCGCCUGGAGGACGUGACUGGCGGCGAGGACGGCUCCUUCAUCAACAAGUGCCUGUCGUUCAUCGGCGAACGCGCCAGCGACUGCUUCAAGACCUCCACCUUCCUCAACCUGCCGAGGAACGCCAUGAUUCGUCUGAUCUCCUCGGAGCAGCUGGCGCUGGACGAGGAGCUGGUGUGGCGCGCCGUGCUGGCCUGGGCCAAGCACGGCGCUAACGUGAACCGUCCGACGGCUCAGUGGAGCGAGGAGGAGCAGGCUCGGGUGUGCGCCCAGAUGGCCGGCGUCAUCAACCAUGUCAAGCUGCUGCUCAUAGACAGCCAGGUGUUCGCCGACGAGGUGGAGCCGACGGGCGCCGUGCCGAUGGAGCUCAGCCUCGAGCGGUACCGGUUCGCCGCGCUGCCCGACAAGUUCCGCCAGGAGCGCAUGAACGAGGACAAGCGUCUGCAGCCGCGCGUCACGCGCCAGCUGUUCGCCGGCUCGCAGCUGCUGGUGGGCGCCGCCGGCGGCCGGCUGCAGCAGCUGCUCAGCCAGUGGUACGGCGAGCCGCGCCAGCGCUGGCGGCUGGCGUUCCGCGCCUCGGCGCACGAGCACAGCGCGCACGCCUUCCACCGGCUCUGCGACGGCCUGGCACCCACCUUCACCAUCUGCCUGGGCGAGCAGGGCCAGCUGUGUGGCGGCUUCAGCGACGUGCCCUGGGUCAACAGCGGCAACAAGGGCCGCUUCAUCCACUCGGACGAGGCCUUCCUCUUCACGCUCGUCAACAACCAGGGCGUACUGCCCACCCGGUUUCCCGUGAAGAAGCGCAUGUACGCCGUCUGCUACCACCCUCAGUGCGGGCCGAUCUUCGGCGCCGGAGCCGACCUGUACAUCUCAGACCGCUCCAACACGUCCGGCGAGAGCUACUCCAACCUGCCGCACUCGUACGACGGCGACGGCGCCUCGUCAGCCGUGCUCUUCGGCGACUACAGCUUCAACGUGGCCGACUACGAGGUGUUCACGCUGUCGGGCGCUGCCGGCCGGCCUGCCUGAGCCGGCGCCGGCCCGGCAGCGGUGACGCCGACCGUCGCCAAUGCUCCGGCCGGAGCAGCCGCAGAGACGCACGGAAACGCGGCUGGAGCUCCAGCGCUUGGAACGCCGUCCGAGCCGCCGGCCGAGUCGCACUGGAGCCCGCUGGAGCGCCUCUGGAGUCCCACUAGAGUCCCACUGGAGUCCCACCGGAGUCGCUGAAGCGCCUCUGGAGUCGUGCCGGCGCGCCGCCCGUCUGUGACGAGUGCCGGCCAGCUGGUC